GAGCUGCAGAAUAACGUGAACCUCCGCAGAGUGUAACAGAGCCACGCACUAUAUAGAAAGCAGAGUAGCUAGAGAAGGCUUUUAAUUAAGAACCCAGCUCAGUGGUUAUGUAUCUACUCUGUCUAUCUAAGAAUUAACAGCAUUCAUAAACAAGUUUCAUUUUUAGGUGCGUGCCCGGUGUGUGAGCGACUGUAGGAGUGUGUCCCCAGUAUGUCAGUGUCCGUGAUCAUUAAGUGGGGCGGCCAGGAGUACUCUAUCAGCACCCUAUCCGAAGAAGACACGGUCCUGGAUCUCAAACAGUCCAUCAAGUCCUUGACGGGAGUGUUGCCCGAGAGACAGAAACUUCUUGGGCUGAAGGUCAAAGGGAAACCAGCUGAGGAUGACAUCAAGCUGGGUUCUCUCAAGUUGAAGCCAAACACCAAGAUCAUGAUGAUGGGCAGCAGAGAGGAGAGUCUGGAAGAGGUGUUAGCCCCGCCCCCGGAGAACGACGAGGUGGUCAACGACUUUGACAUAGAGGAGGAGGUCAUCGAGGUGGAGAACAGGGAAGAGAACCUGGCGAAGAUCGCCCGCAGGGUCAAAGACUACAAGGUGGAAGAGAUGAACCCUCCGAGAGAGGGCAAGAGACUGCUGGUACUGGAUGUGGACUACACACUGUUCGAUCACAAGUCGUGUGCAGAGACGGGUCAGGAGCUGAUGAGACCGUACCUCCAUGAGUUCCUCACCUCUGCUUAUGAAGACUACGACAUUGUAAUCUGGUCUGCCACCAGUAUGAAGUGGAUCGACGCUAAGAUGAAGGAGCUAGGAGUGACGGACAACCCUAACUACAAGAUCACCUUCAUGUUGGACAGUGCAGCUAUGAUCACCGUACACACUCCCAAGAGAGGGGUAGUGGAGGUGAAGCCGCUGGGUGUGAUAUGGGGGAAGUACAGAGAGUUCUACAACAAGAAGAACACCAUCAUGUUUGAUGACAUUGGCAGGAACUUCCUCAUGAACCCACAGAAUGGGCUGAAGAUUCGGCCAUUCAUGAAGGCCCACCUGAACAGAGACAGUGACAGAGAGUUGUUCAAGCUGUCCCAGUACCUGAGGGAGAUAGCCAAGCUGGACUCCUUCACCGGCCUCAACCACAAACACUGGGAGAGGUACCUGUCUAAGAAGCAGAGCCAGUGAGAGCAGGAGAACUGGAUGGGAGCAGCAGACAUCCUCUGUGGACAUGGAACAGGACACCUCACCCCUCUAAACCCUCCUCCACCCCUCCUCCUCUCCCUCCCCCCCCCCCCCCCCCCCCCCCCCCCCCAGGAGGAUGGGGCCAGCCUGCGUGAUGUCAUCAGACUGACUCCUCCCUCCGUUUUGGACACCUGCCGCCCAUGGCAACCAAGCAUAUCUCAGUAUAUCCCCCCCCCCCCCCCCCCCCCCCC